AUGGAAUCGUUUGAUGGAUUUCUCCUAGCUCGCCCAGAUGCUGCCCUCCAACACCGUACAACAUACACCCCCAAGUGCCUUGGACUCGAUAGGGCACAAGGCAUGUGGUAUGACUUUGGGUAUGGCCAAGGCCAAAUCAUUGUUAUUAUUGAUAGUGGGGUGAAGCCCACCCACCCUUCCUUCAAUGACCAUGUCUUGCCACCGCGUCCCACCAAAUGGAAUGACUCUUGCUAUUGGGGCCCACCAAUCUGCAACAACAAACUCAUAGGUGCACAGGGCUUGAGGCUAGGUUCAGACCCACCACUCGACACUGAAGGCCAUGGCUCCCAUUAUGCAGGUAUCGCCGCCGAAAACUUUGUCGAUCAUGCCAAUAUCCUUGGCCAAGCCCCAGGCACGGCCGCCGGGAUUUCACCGAGGGCCCAUCUUGCUGUCUACAAGUUAGCCAGUGCAGCCGACUUACUGGCUUCCAUUGAUGAUGCAAUUCGAGACAACGUUGAUGUGCUGUCCAUUUCCCAAGGCGAUAAUAGCCCAGAAUUCUAUCUCAAUGGGAUUGUAAUCGGUUCCUAUGCAGCUAUGAAAAAGGAUAUCGUUACUUGCGCGUCCGCGCCCAACUAUGGCCCAAGCGAAAGUACCAUGGACAAUGAUGCCCCCUGGAUUAUAACUGUCGGUGCCGCCUCAACUGACAAAAGAAUUAUGGCUACUGUAAAGCUUGGCGAUGGAUGA